UUUGUACCCCGUAAAGUCGGUUGAAAAAAGAUGCAGAAAACGGUGUACUUUUUCUUGUUGGCGUCAUUUCUGAUGACGAUUACAUCCGCAGACGAUGAAACACGCGUCGUUAACGGUAAAGAUGCUGAACUUGGCCAGUUUCCAUACCAAGCCUUGGUGCUCAUUCGUCUGGCCAAUGGGAAAGGGGCGCUAUGUGGAGGAAGUUUACUGAGCGCUGAGUGGGUACUUACAGCCGGACACUGUGUACAGGGUGCGGAAUCAUUCGAAGUUACCCUGGGAGCGGUUGAACUGAAGAACAACACUAACGAUAGCGGUCGUUUGACGCUGUCAUCAACCGAGUUCAUUCGCCACGAAGACUAUCAGGCUGGAUCGGCUACCAACGAUGUAGCGGUUAUUAAGCUACCUUCAAAAGUAACUUUUACGGAUCGAAUCCAACCGGUGAAAUUGCCAACAGGAAAAGACAGUUAUGCUCAACAGCACGUUCUAGUAAGUGGGUUUGGCCAACAGAAGGACAACGGUGGAGUAGCACAGAAGCUUCAGUACGCUCCGUUGACUGUGAUCAGCAACACUGAAUGCAUGCUGGUGUAUGGACCGGCGGCGAUCAAAACAAGCAACGUCUGUGCUCGGGGAGUGAAUCGAGAAUCGGCAUGCCACGGGGAUUCCGGCGGUCCACUCGUGCUGGAGCAAGAUCGCACCCUGGUAGGAGUUGUGAGUUUCGGUACUCUAUGGGGUUGUGAAAGGGGACUACCGGUGGUGUAUGCACGUGUCACGGAAUUUAGGGAUUGGAUAAAGGAAAAGACAAACGUUUAAUUCAAUUUAAACACGAUUGAGUCACAUAUUUGAAGAUUUCUCUCUGA